AUGGCUGAAUCUAUCGCACCCGAUGCCAGCAACCCGAUAGUCUUCUUUGAUAUCGCUCUCGCGGGCGAGCCACUGGGUCGAGUGAAAAUGGAACUCUUUGCCAAUGUCACCCCACGUACUGCGGAGAAUUUCCGACAGUUCUGCACCGGCGAAAGCAAAAACCCCAAGGGCCAACCACAGGGCUAUAAGGGAAGCAAAUUCCAUCGAGUUAUUAAAGACUUCAUGAUUCAAGGGGGCGAUUUCAUCAAUGGAGAUGGAACAGGAAGCUGCACUAUCUAUGGCAGUCCAAAAUUCGCUGAUGAGAAUUUUGCGCUGAAGCACGAUCGCCCGGGUCUCCUCAGCAUGGCCAAUUCAGGCCCAGAUACGAAUGGCUGCCAAUUUUUUAUCACUACCACGGCAACACCAUUUCUGAAUAACAAGCAUGUGGUUUUCGGCCAGGUCAUUGAUGGGAUUGAUGUCGUGCGCAUGGUCGAACACACUCGAACCACGCGAGACAAGCCUAAUCAAGAUGUAACGAUUGUGCAAUGUGGAGAAAUGUGA